GAAUGGUUUUGAUUCAAAUCCUGUUUUAACUAGCAGUUUGAUUGAUAUGUACUCUAAAUGUGAUAACAAAGAAGCAGCACAGAAGAUAUUCAUGAAUAUGCGGAAUGGUGACACUGUUUCUUGGACAACUAUGAUCUCUUCAUUUAUCCAAGAGGGGAGCUGGAUUACUGCGCUGCGACUCUUCAUAUGCAUGAUCAAACGAGAAAUUCAACCAAAUGAAUACACGUAUGCAAAAAUUUUGAGCGCAUGUGGUGGUCUUACUUAUUUAAAUUCUGGGAGAUUAGUCCACGCCAGGAUGUUAGUCUUGGGCAUUCGGCUGAAUUUGGUUUUGAAGACAGCUCUUACUGACAUGUAUGCAAGAUGUAAGAGAAUGGAAGAUGCUAUGAAGGUCUCAAAGCAAACUCUUGAGCAAGAUACAGUUCUAUGCACAACACUAUUGAGUGGCUUUUGCCAUAACUUGGAGAUCAAGGAGGCUGUUGAUGCAAUACAGCAGAUGGUGGCCCAUGGGAUCACUCCAAAUAGUUAUACAUAUGCUGUAGUCUUGAAUGGCUGCUCAUUAGCUCUGACAUUGCAAUUGGGGAUACAAUUUCACUCAAGGGUUAUUGAGAUUGGCUUGGAAAAUAAUGUUUCUGUUGGAAAUGCACUCAUUGAUAUGUAUUUGAAAUGUUCUGGUGGAAUAAUUGACGCUUUUAAAGUAUUUGAACAAAUAAGGUCACCAAACAUCAUCUCUUGGACUUCCUUGAUUGCUGGCUUUGUUGAACAUGGUCUUGGAUACGAGGCUUUUCAAGCAUUUGAAAAGAUGCAGUUUGCAGGGAUAAUGCCAAAUUCUUUUACCUUGUCCAGUAUCCUUCAGGCUUGUGGAAUGAUGAAAUCUGCAAAUCAUACAAGAAGGUUUCAUGGAUACAUAAUCAAAAUGAACAUUGGCCAUGAUAUAGUUGUGGCGAAUGCUCUUGUUGGUGCCUAUGCUGGACUCCAUAUGGUUGAUGAUGCAUGGCGUAUAAUAGGUGAAAUGCAUCAUAGAGAUGUUAUCACAUAUACAAGCAUAGCGAGCAAACUUAACCAAUUAGGACUUUUUGAAAUGGCUUUGGAGGUGAUCAGUUACAUGCAAGAAGAUAACAUUGAGAUGGAUGGGUUUACCCUGUCCACUGUCUUGUCAGCAUCAGCCAGCUUAGGUGCAAUACUGCAGGGGAAGCAACUUCAUUGUUACGCUAUUAAAUCUGGCUUCAGUGGCUGGACCUCAGUCUCAAAUGGUUUGAUUGCUUUUUUUGGCAAAUGUGGGUGCAUGCAUGAUGUAAAGAGAGCCUUUGAUGAAGCUUGUCAGCCAGACGUAGUCUCAUGGAACAGCUUGAUUUUCAGCCUAGCAGUUAGCGGUCACUUCUCCUCUGCUCUCUCCACUUUUGAAGACAUGAAGUUAGCAGGAGUUAGACCUGAUUCCACAACAAUAUUGGCGGUUCUAUCUGCUUGCAGACGUUGUGGUUUGGUUGAUAUGGCUUUAGAAUAUUUUCAUUCUACUAGAGAAGCAAAUGAUGCAGUCCCAGAAUUAGAGCAUUACGUUUGUUUGGUUGACCUACUAGGCAGAGCUGGCAGGAUGCAGGAGGCAAUGGCUAUAAUAGAGACGAUGCCUUUCAGGCCUGAUGCAUUGAUCUACAAAACAAUGUUGAAUGCCUGCAAAAUACAUUCAGAUGUACCCCUUGGUGAAGAAAUGGCAAGUCGAGGUCUUGAACUUGAACCUUGUAAUCCAGCAUUUUAUUUGCUUCUUGCAGACAUGUAUGAGAACUCCGGCAAAUCUGACCUAAGAGAGAACCUGCGCAUGAUGAAAGAGAGAGGCAUAAUACAGAAAGAUUAUAGCAAUAGCUGUAUGGAGAAAAGCAACAUGGUCCCUCUGUUAAUUGCUGGAGAUGUACCAUCUUAACAUGAUACUUGAACAUAGCAGACAGAAUGUAAAGCUAAAAUGGUAUUCAUACAAAUGCUCGUGAGAAUCCUAAUCUCACAGUCUCAGAUUGGAAGUGGCACGUGGUCUUCUUUACAACAGACAACAGCUUCAGUGUUUUAAUGAGGUGAAGGUCCCAGUAAAGCUUACUGGAUGUGGUAUAAGCAAGAUAAGGAAAUGAACCAAUUGUGACCGAGCUGCUUUCAGAAUUCAGACAGAAAGAUGUUUUUGCUUCAUGAGAUGCUGAAAAGAUACAUUCUAACUGGCAAGUAACUUCUUUUUUUUUUUCUAGAUUCAAGUUCAUAUAACCGUCUCUAUUG